AGCGCAGAUGUCCUACCUGGCCCAUGUCUGACGUUGCGAGCCUCGACCAAAACUGAAGCGCGCCACGCCAGCCGCCACGCACUUCAGAAUUGCAUUUCCAGUCGAGUACUGAAGCCCCACAACAACAAGAAGAAGAAGAACACACAGAAACGACCCAUUCAAUCAAGAUGCCUGUCGAGAUCAAUACCCCCGAGGAGUUCAACGCCGCCAUCGGCGAGAAGAAGCUGACGGUUGUGCAGUUCUCUGCGCCGUGGUGCGGCGGCUGCAAGAUGGUGGCCCCUAAGGUGACCAAGCUGAUGGAGUCGGACUUCCCUGACGUCAAGUUUCUCAAGGUGAGCGCGGAAGAGCUGGAGGAUUUCUGCGAGGAGAUCGACGUGGACAGCUUCCCGACGUUCCGCGUGUACAAGGACGGCGAGGUGGCGGCGUCGUACGUGAGCUCCAAGUUCGAGAAGGUGGAGCAGUUCAUCCGUGAGAACGCGAAGUAAGUGGUGGCGAUUUGCAACCGACUUCCGUGGCGCCUGCAUUGCGGGCUUGGAUAUCCGACUUAUUGGCGCGUGCUCUUGGCCAUCUGUCGAACUGUUGGAGAGCACUCGAGUUUAGAUGAGCUUGUCCUUAGCACUGCAUAUUUGUAGUGAAGGGCAGGGCGCCUACUAAUAUAUUGAAAUAUAAAACUAUUUCACCUGAACCAUAAC